CUGGCCUCUUUAAAGCCUUGACAUCAAGAGGCGGCCUCAGCACCCCCCCCUUUCUCUGCCCCCCACCCCCGAGCUGCGGCCAUGGACCCGGCGGAUCAGGCCUGCCCUGGCCCAGCUCGACACCUGAUUUCAGCGAGGUGACCGUUCUGGCUGCUAGAGUGAGUGUGCCAGCCUGGGUGAGGCGGCAGAGACAGGGCCUGAUGUCGGAGGCCAUGGACCAGACAGCCGGAGCUCCUGGAAACCCAAGGCCGGGAGAAGAUGAUGACGGCAGCACAGAGCUGGGCACCUGCCAGGAGCUUCUGCACCGUCUGCGGGAGCUGGAGGCAGAGAACUCAGCACUCGCCCAGGCCAACGAGAACCAGAGAGAAACGUACGAGCGCUGUCUGGACGAGGUUGCCAACCACGUGGUGCAGGCACUACUGAACCAGAAGGACCUGCGGGAGGAAUGCAUCAAGCUGAAGAAGAGGGUGUUUGACCUGGAACGGCAGAACCAGAUGCUGAGUGCCCUAUUUCAGCAGAAAAUCCAGCUCACGACAGGCUCCCUCCCUCAGAUCCCGCUCAGUCCACUCCAGCUGCCAUCAGAACCACCAGCCUCCCCCUCCCUGAGCUCCGCCGAGGGACCAGCCACCUUACUGCCUAUGGGGCGCUGUGCCGGGCAGAGAGAGGUGUGUUGGGAGCAGCAGUUGCGGCCAGGAGGCCCAGGACCCCCAGCCGCCCCACCCCCCACGCUGGAUGCCCUGUCCCCGUUCCUUCGGAAGAAAGCUCAGAUUCUGGAGGUGCUGAGAGCCCUGGAAGAGACUGACCCCUUGCUUCUGUGCUCACCUGCCACCCCCUGGCAGCCUCCAGGAGAGGGUCCUGGUUCCCCAGAGCCCAUCAACGGAGAGCUGUGCGGCCCACCCCGGCCUGAGCCCUUGCCCUCACCCUGGGCCCCCUAUCUGCUGUUGGGCCCUGCUAACCUGGGAGGCCUGCUGCGCUGGGAGCGCCUUCUGGGAGGCCCCGGGGAAGAGGAGGGUACCAGGCAUUCCUGGGGCUUUGGUAGGACCCCUCCCCAGGCCCAGGGCACCAACUCUGGCCCACACUGUGCCCCAGGCAGCAGCUCCUCCUCCUCUUCUGAUGAGGCGGGUGACCCCAACGAGGCCCCCAGCCCUGACACCCUGCUCAGUGCUCUGGCCCGCAGACAGUUGAACCUGGGCCAGCUCCUCGAGGACACAGAGUCUUACCUACAGGCCUUCCUGGCAGGGGCUGCAAGCCCACUCAACGGGGACCACCCAGGCCCCAGGCAGCCGUCCUCCCCAGACCAGGGGCCCCCACAGCUGUCCAAGUCCAAAGGCCUCCCCAAGUCAGCUUGGGGUGGGGGCACCCCAGAGGCACACAGGCCAGGCUUUGGUGCUACCUCAGAGGGCCAGGGGCCCCUUCCCUUCCUCAGCAUGUUCAUGGGUGCGGGGGAUGCCCCACUGGGCUUGCAGCCUGGCCACCCCCAUUCCUCAUCUCAGGUGAAAAGCAAGCUCCAAAUUGGCCCCCCUUCUCCUGGGGAAGCCCAGGGACCCCUUCUGCCCUCUCCUGCCAGAGGUCUCAAGUUCCUAAAGCUGCCUCCAGCCUCGGAGAAAGUCCCCAGCCCAGGAGGCCCCCAGCUCAGCCCCCAACUCCCCCGAAAUUCCCGAAUCCCCUGUCGGAAUGGUGGCUCAGAUGGAAGCCCAUCCCCACUGCUGACUCGCAGGGGUCUGGGUGGAGGAGAGCUGUCACCUGAGGGGGUACAGGGCCUACCCACCAGCCCUUCCUGCACCACAACCCCGGACUCUGCACAGCUCAGACCCCCCCAGUCGGCCUUGUCCACCGCGCUGUCCCCAGGGCCAGUGAUAUCUCCCUGCUAUGAGAACAUCUUGGACCUUUCCCGGGGCACCUUUCGGGGGCCUUCUCCAGAGCCCCCUCCAUCCCCGCUGCAGGUGCCCAGCUACCCACAGCUGACUUUGGAGGUGCCUCGGGGCUCUGAGGUCCUCAGAAGCCCUGGAGUCCCCCCUAGCCCUUGCCUCCCAGAAUCCUGCCCCUUUGCGAGCCCCCAGGACAAGAGUUUGGACAAGGCAGGCUCGGAGUCUCCCCAUCCUGGCCGCAGAACCCCAGGCAGCUCAUCGAAGAAGCCUGGCCAGGGGGCAGGACGGCGACCUGGGGAUCCUGGCCACACGCCUCUGCGAGACAGACUGGUAGCCCUGGGAAAACUGAAGACAGGCCUUGAGGGGCCUCUGGGCACAGAGAAGAAUGGGGGGCCAGUCAGACCUGGCACCGAGAAGGCCCGGGGACCAGGGAGGUCGGGGGAGAGCACUGGAGACGUGAUGCCUCCCACCCCCAAGCCCCCUGAGCAGCCAGAAGCCAAGGGGGCCCUGCGAGGGGCAGUGGCCUUAGGCACAAGCAGCCUGAAGCAGCAGGACCCCGGGCUCCUGGGGGACCCCGGGGCACGCAUCUACUCCUCCCACUCCAUGGGGGCCCGGGUGGAUCUAGAGCCUGUCUCACCAAGGAGCUGCCUCACCAAAGUGGAGCUGGCCAAGAGCCGGCUGGCGGGGGCCCUGUGUCCCCAGGUACCCCGUGCCCCCGCCAAAGUGCCAGCCUCAGCCCCCAGCCUGGGCAAGCCCAGUAAAAGCCCUCAUGGCAGCCCUACAAAGCUGCCUUCCAAGUCACCCACUAAGGUGGUACCCCGACCUGGGGCCCCUCCAGCUACCAAGGAGGCCCCCAAGCCUGACAAGGUGAAGGGCCCCCCUUGGGCAGACUGUGGUGGCACCACAGCCCACCCCACAUCCCCCGCACCUGGCCCCGCCAACCCCAGCCAGGGCCCCGAGGGGCCAGCCCCACACUCGGCCAUUGAGGAGAAGGUGAUGAAGGGCAUCGAGGAGAACGUGCUGCGGCUCCAGGGCCAGGAGCGGGCCCCAGGCACUGAGGUCAAGCACCGCAACACCAGCAGCAUCGCCAGCUGGUUUGGCCUUAAGAAGAGCAAGCUGCCAGCGCUGAACCGCCGUAUGGAGGCUACCAAGAGCAAGGAAGGAGCCAGUGGGGGCUCCCCGCUCAGGAAGGAGGUCAAGGUGGAAGCCCGGAAGCUGGAGGCCGAGAGCCUCAACAUCUCCAAGCUGAUGGCUAAGGCUGAAGACCUGCGCCGAGCGCUGGAGGAGGAGAAGGCCUACCUAAGCAGCAGGGCCCGGCCACGGCCUGGGGGACCAGCCCCAGGACCCAGCACGGGGCUGGGACAGGUGCAGGGCCAGCUGGCCGGCAUGUACCAGGGUGCCGACACCUUCAUGCAGCAGCUGCUCAACAGGGUGGAUGGCAAGGAGCUGCCACCCAAGAGCUGGUGGGAGCCCAAGCCUGAGUAUGGGGGUUUCCAGCCAGUGUCCUCUGACCCCAAGAACCCCUGGCCAGCCUGUGGGCCCCGAAAUGGCCUGGUGGGCCCUCUUCAGGGCUGUGGAAAACCUCCUGGGAAGCCAAGCAGCGAGCCAGGGAGGCGGGAAGAGAUGCCCUCAGAGGACAGCCUGGCUGAGCCAGUGCCCACCCCACACUUCACAGCCUGUGGCUCCCUGACUCGAACCCUGGACAGUGGCAUUGGGACCUUCCCGCCCCCAGACCACAGCAGCAGUGGGACGCCCAGCAAAAAUCUCCCCAAGACCAAGCCCCCACGGCUGGAGCCCCCACCCGGGGUGCCCCCGGCUCGGCCCCCACCCCUUACCAAAGUCCCCCGCCGGGCUCACACGCUGGAGCGGGAGGUGCCCGGCAUGGAGGAGCUGCUGGUGAGCGGGCGGCACCCCAGCAUGCCGGCCUUCCCCGCGCUGCUCGCCGCCGCCCCGGGCCGCCGGGGCCAGAAGACCUGUCCUGAUGAUUCCUGUGAAGACCCUGGCCCUCCCCCUGUCCAGCUGGCCAAGAACUGGACCUUCCCCAAUGCAAAGGCAGCCGGCAGCGCCUCGGACCCUUUCCUGUGCCCACCCCGAGAGCUGGAGGGGCUGCCCAGGAACCCCAUGGCCCUGCCCGUGGACCGGAAGCGGAGCCUGGAGCCCGGCCGCCCGUCCCCGACGCCCCCGUGCCCGGCGUUUGGGGGGAGCCGCACCCCCAGCACCUCGGACAUGGGCGAGGAAGGCCGCGUGGCCAGCGGGGGCCCCCCGGGGCUGGAGACCUCCGAGUCCCUCAGCGACUCGCUCUAUGACUCACUCUCGUCCUGUGGGAGUCAGGGCUGAGGGGCUGCGCCACGCGGCCGCCCCCUCGCUGGAGCUGACCGGCCCCGACUGGCCUUCCUCGGGCCCCUCCCUGAAGGGACCAAGGAGGCAGGUGGAGCCCUGGCCCACCCCCCUGCCCCCCACUGCUGUGGAUGAGGUGACCGCUCUCAGCUCAGGGAGAGACCCACCCUUGGUCCCUUCUCUCGCCGAGAGUAAGGCUCUUCCUCGGGGGGGGGCGCGGGGCGCAAGGCCGCUGUGCCCAGCACCCCCUCGAGGCUGAGCCGUCUUGUGGUGCUGGGCUUCCUGCCCGCCGGCCGUGCCAUCUCCGCCCCGCCUGGCUGCUCCCCGCCCGGGAGCCUCCGCGGGCCAACCCCAGGCCCCCGGGCCGGCGGGGUUUGGGGGUGAGGGGGACAAGUUGCCUUCUCUCUCUGUCCGCCCUGGUCCUCCCUGCUGUCUGAAUGGUGCUGCCCUCCCCUGCCCCACGUCUUUGGGGUCCAUUUGUCUGUCUUUUUUUGUUGUCGUUUUUUUUUACAUUAAAGCGCCUCGCCCAGUCCUCAUCCCCUCCCCGCAUCGCGGUUAAUUUAUCUGUCGUUAAAAAUGCGGCUGCUCUGCUUUCAGCCUCUGCUUCCGCCGUACCCCUAAUAAAACGUGGAGGCCCCUCCCUA